AUGGCAUCUACCCAGUCAGCCACAAGCAACGGUCCGCAGUCUACGGCUUCUGGGAACCGGUAUCUUGAGCUGCCUCCGUCCGUCGCCGAUCUCUACAGACUCGCCAUCACGCAAGGGCCUGGAGCUGCCAUCCAAGACGCGUACCAAGACAUCCAAGCUACCUGGUAUCAACGAUGUAGAAAUUUUCUUGAUAAAUUUGGGAGCCUUCGAGCGGUCAACGCACACAUGGAGAGACGCCUUGGUAGACGCGACGCAACAAUCAAUGCGCUUGCGGAAGAAUUGUCCAGGACAUGUGGUAUAGAGGCUACACUGCGUGAAAGUAACACUGCUCUGGCGUGGAAGGAAAGGAGCUUGACUGUAGAAGUGGUGAAGCUCAGGUCCGAACUCAGCGGUCAAGCAGAGAAGCUGAGCGCUGCACAGGAUGCAGCGAAGGCUAUCAUGGAGCAGUCACGCACAUUUGCCAUGUCUGACGAUGACAUUCGAAUGAGACUCGCAGCUGUGGCCGCGGACUGGCAGGAUUGGGUCCGACAAUAUGCCCACCGAGAUGUUGCCCUGAUCCAGUCACUGUCCAGAGAUGACAAGACACUCCUGGAGAAUUCGGUGUCUGAGUUUGCGAUUCUCGACACCAACUGCUUGCAAGAAGUUCUUUUUCAGGGGGCUCAGACGAAGGGCACACCAGGCUUAUUCUUGCAAGGCAUGCUGGCCAGCUUUAUGUCUGCCACCAUGUUCAAGUCUCCUGAGACCGCGUUGCGACUCGUGGCAACCCAAGUCGGCGGUAUUCACGACACAGAGCAGGAGUUACAGACUAAAGCCGAUACGAUCUCGGAACUUCUCAGAGUCCUAACCACAACCGACGAGAAAGGCGGUCAUCAGACCCGUGCGAUGAUCAUCCGCACACUCAGCGGUUUGUUGUCGAGCCAUACUGAAGGCUCUUCUUCUGCCCAAGCCGAGAACCUGCACAAGGCUCAGCUACAGAUCAGCAGAUGCUACGCAGAGGAAUUCCUCAAAGGAGCUGCACGGUUUCUGUGCAAGGAGCUCGAUGCGGAGAACAUGGAGCUACGCAAUGCGCGACUAGCCGAGCUCGUCGAGCAGGCUUUGAUCAUGUCAACUCAGCUUUGGAGCCAGCGGUCAAGAGUGUAUUGUGGCACUAUGGAAUUCUUCGAUGCGACAAUCCCUCAAGAUCAGAACCAUACCGAACCCCACAAGUCCCAGAUCCGCCUUGUCGAGGAAGACGAGGCCGCGUACCAUAACUUACCUCUCGGUAUGGUCGUUCAGCCAGCGAUCCUCGCUAUUGGCACCGAGGAUGGUCAGAGAUACCACGAGGUUACCCGUGUGUGGCUCAAGGCGCAGCUCUGGCGCAUCCCACAUCCCACCAUGUGA